CAUUUCGCGGGAGUGAAAGCAACUUGCUGUCAUCAUAAACCUACAGCUUCAUCCUCACAAGCACGCCUCACUACCUAUCUGACUAAAUUGACACAGUUUUUUUUCCUCUAGUUGUGGAAUAACAUGAACGGACGUCUGACGAAGUGUUUUUAAAGCACGACACAUACCUGCUGUCAGAGCAUUACAACCCUGGAAUAACAUUACUGACUUAAAACACAUUUUGAAGGCAGUAUCUGGUAUGGCCCGUCCAGAGAUGGAAAGAAGGGCGUGUGAUCGCAACCCUGGAGCCCCAAACAGCUGCAGGAUGGAGGUGCUACGUCAGGACACCUGGCCUUGCCACCGGCACCGAACCAUCGCUACACAAACCAGCACUGUCUUGCCACCACUAACCCAAGUCCCCACACAAGAUGCCUUUAGCUCGGACAGCGUCCCGCAGCAGGACAAUCCACUCAGGGAUAAUACAGGUACAGAACAGGAACUCUCCAGCCCCCGGCUUCCCCUGCCCGAUCUGCUCCCAGACAGCCACAGCUCCUCCGAGGACUCAACAUCCAGCAGCUCUACGGCUGAGGACGAUUCCAGGCUGGAGGAGCAGGCGGUCGGGAGGGUGGCCACACAGCUGAGGACCAUCGGAGACCAGAUGAACACUGUUUUUCUACAGAGGAAUGCCGUUCCAGGCUGGCAGAACUGGAGAGGCCUGUACCACGGGCUCUUUGCAUUCGUCGCUGACACUAUCAAUGCCCUUUAUCAGCACGGCCUCAGAUAAACAGACGGGUUACGCCACAGGAAGAGUGCAGGCGCUCUCCUGCCGAACACUUAAAGACUCUGGGACUUUUCUGCAGGAUCAGAUGUCACGUUUGUUUCUUUAUCUGUCUUUUGUUUGUUUUGUUUUGGUUGGUUUGUUUUGUACAUCUUUUCCCAUGGAUUCUCAUGUAGCAUUAGUGACUGAAGCGUGUGUCCCGAUAUAGACGUCAGUAGGAGUGUGUGCUCUCUGUGCAUUUGCAUCGUUCUCUUUUGCAUCUUUAACUGCAAUGCUGGGGAGUUGCAUUAAGCCCGGGUUGCUCUCAAGCAAACAAAUUGAUUAGAUCUGUGUAGCGCCUCAGGCCCAGAAGUGCUUUGUGUCGUGGGUUCUCCUCUCAGCUGCCUUACAGGAGCAAUAACUGCGCUGCACUAUCAGUGGCACAGGCCGCACACCCGCACACCAUUAAUGGAAAACGGGUGAUAAGCGAGAUAAGGGAAUGCUCACGCAUUAUACUAAUGGAGCACAGUUGGAUCGUGCCUUGCUAACGCUGUUUUUUAGCUCUUUGUGUACUGAAGCCUUCAGGGACAAUCACUGGAUGGUGUGAGGGUUCACCGAACCUGUUGCCCCAUAUCUGAAUCUAUACUUCGGGACACAGAUUUGCCACUUAAUUCAAAGAUUGGUCACCUCCAAUGGAGGUAUGGGAGAGAGGCUGAAAGCCUUGUGGGAAUGCCAGACCACUAGUUAUUGAAAUGGAUGGAGAGCAGUGUUAAUAUUUGUAUGAAUUACAUGUGUACAUAUUUUCGAGGAAAAAAAGACAGGAUAGAAUAAAAUGAGAGUUUUGUUUCUGAUGUGGUUUGUAUAUUGUAAUUAAACGACCUUAAAGUACUUAUAAUUAAGUUCCCUUUUUCGGUUUCUGUUUUGUUUUGUUAAUUUUUUUUAGACCAACACUGGAAAUCAGUUUCUGCCUGUUUGCAAUUUCUUUGGAUUUCAAUUAAAUAAAGUAAAAAAUCCCUAUAAAAAUAUACCUUGCGCAAAUAUUUGAGAAGCACAAGCUAAUUUAUUUUGUAUGUCCAUCAUUUGUACUUUUGGUUAUUUUGAUGAUUUGUUUUUGACAAAAAUGUUCUGCGAUGAGCAAGUGGAUUAACGAAGCAUGGAGAUAUUCAUGUUGUGUUUUUUGGACCAAAUAUCUCCCCUCAGUUGUUGUUAAAUAAAUCCCUUCAUAUUUUUUUCUGCUGUAAUUUAUUUGUCUACAUAAAGGACUUAACUGAGCCAAAAUAGCAUCAUACUUGAACAGACAAGUUCUCUAUGGAUCAACGUGUCAGAUCCAGGUGUAUCUGGGAUUUUUAACACUGUUAGGGGUUUCAAGCACUUCCUUUAGAAACCACAUUGGAAAAACUGUGGCAAGUCAGUGGGAAAACUCUUUAAACCACUCAUAUUUCUGCAUGAGUCGGCUUUGUAAUGUUGGUACAGAGAUUUCAUGGCAUAUUGUGGAGCAGAGAUGUCUUUCCUGUGGCUGCCUGUCUCAUGACUUCCUGUAAAACAGUUGUGUGGUCUCUUUCCUGCAGCCACCUUGUGACUUCUCAUCGAUAUAUGUGUUCUCAGAUGCAGAAAGGCCUUAUUUGUACGGUCAGAUUUACACUAAACUCAUGUUGCUCAUUUUCUAGCUUUGUACUUUUGCCAUUCGAAAUUUUCUAUGUAAAAUUUCUAUAUGAAUUUUGUAUUGGUUUUUUUUUCUUACCAUUUUCAAUAAAUAUGAGAAUUACAACAGUG